AUGUCUUGCCCAAAAUCCCGUGCCCAGUCUUCCUCUGUUCCAGUUCCUCCCGAUUACAUUACUGGGACUGGGAUUGACAAACAUGCGAUAGAGGUUUGGAGCAAGCUCCAUCCUUUUGCCCAGAAGAACCUAUAUGAGAAUGUCCUUCAUCUGUUCGAGAAUACCUUGGUGCUGAGGCCUCCCGAGAUGGCAGAACUGAUGAAGAAGGAUGCUGAGGCUCCUUUAUGUUUUGAGAGCACUUCUGCUCUGGCUUCUCAUUCCUGGGUUAGCAAGAAUCUGAGCCGGUCCUUCCCGUCCAGCGAAGUGAGAAACAGUUCAGUGAAAUGGGUAGACUGGAUUGACAGGCUUCUUCCAAGAUAUGGACCUCACUGGAAGCGGGCUGGUAUUUAUGAUGUCAUACUUCUGUCCAAGCAAUCUGUCAACAGAGAUGUGUACCUGCUUGCUGCUGCUCUGUGUUUCUGUAAUUCUGCCAGUAACACUUUCGACUUUCGCAUAGGCCCCAUGGCUCCAACUCUGCUGGAUAUGGCUCAGAUAUUCGGGUUUAGGCCCCAUGGGAGACCUGUUGAUGCUGUUGGUGAUUAUCACAGGAAGAAAAAUCAGCAGAAGCUAGCCAAGCCAUUCACCAUCUCUCCAGCCCUGAUCAACCAGAAUUGCUCCUUCUCCAAUUAUCUCAGAAAAUUCAGUGCUGAGAAGGACAAGGACCAGCAACAUAUGUUGAGUACAGACACCUGGUAG